UAUUCUCAUUGUGUCAUUACUACUUCUCGCCCCUUAUUGAUCUACCAGCCGCUUCUUGGCCGACUCCCCCGUUGUGGGUAUAUGUGCCAAGGAUCAUCAUCGCGAGCGGUCGAAGUAUAGAAGAAUCACGUUCCAUCCGCGCUCGAGCCCCCGCGCUGUCGCUGGCAGCCAUGACCAGAAGAAGUUCGACCAUGGACCGAGACACGUACUCCCGUCCGCUAGCAGCGGCGUCCGUCGGCAGCCGCCGGCCGUUCUUGCCGGCGGCCGCGACGGCAACGCACUUGCAACGUCGCCCGGCCGUACCGCCCGACGACCAGCCGACCGAGGACGUCAUUCCGAUGGGCGAAGGACGCUUUCAGGCGAUGGUCAUGGUAGCCUCGGCGCUGGCCGGCACCGCCUUCCUGCUGCACUUAAUCAGCUUCCGGGUGACGACGCGCGUCAUGGACCACUGGUGCCGGCCGCCCGAGGCCUUCGCCAACCUGAGCGCCGCCGAGUGGCGCAGCACGGCCAUCCCUCUCGAGCCGGACGGCAGCCGCAGCCAGUGCACGCGGUUCGAGCCCCCGGACGCCGGCUCGCGCGCCCGCGUGGUGCCCUGCGACGCGUGGGACUUCGACACCGAGCGCUACGGCAACAACAUCGUCAGCGAGUGGCGCCUGGUGUGCGACAGGCGCUGGCUCGUAGAGCUGGCCGUGCUCGUGUACAUGGCCGCCUGCGCGGUGUUCCUGCCGCUGGUCGGCGUCGCGGCGGACCGCGUGGGCCGCCGCCUCGUCAUGCACGUCUCGCUGGCCGCGCUCGUGGCGGCCGGCUUCGCCACCAGCCUGGCCAACUCGUACCUGCUGUUCGUCGCGCUGCGCAUCGUCGUGUCGGCCGCCAGCAACGCGCUCUUUCUCGUCCUGUACGCCCUGCUCUACGAGGUGACGACCCCCGCGCGCCGUGACCGCUACUGCUUCGUGGCCAUCGCCGUGGCGUCGGUGGCUGCGCCGCUGUCGAUGCUGGCGCUAUCGGGUCUGCGGCUGGGCUGGGAGUCCCUCCACCUGGCGCUGAUGGCGCCCACGUCGGCGCUGGCGCUCGCCUACUGCAGCGUGGGCAACGAGUCGCCCGUGUGGCUCGUCCGGUCGUGGAACGCGCGCGAGGCCGAGGCUGUGGCCCUGCGCGCCGCGCGCAUCAAUGGCGCCCCGCUCGACGAGUGCCGCGCCUGGUUCACGCGCGAGAUGCAGCGGCGCGACUCCGAGCUGCCGCUGCUGCUCUUCGAGCACAGCCCGCUCGCCAUCUUCGCGCCGGACGUGCGGGGCAGCCUGGUGCUGCUCUCGUACAUCUGGGCAGCCACCAGCUUCGCCUUCAAUCAGGUGAACCUGAACGACAUCCUUCCCGUGAAGAGCGCGUUCGCUGCCGCGGGCAUUGUGUGCAUGGUGCCCAUGUACGGUGCGGCGUACGCGUGCUGCGUGCGCUUCGGCGCCCGGCGCUCCAACGUGGUGGCGGGGCUGGCCUUCAGCGCGCUUGCCGUCGCGCUGGCGGCCACGCAUGGGCACCAGCUGCAGGACCUGAGCGUGGCUCUCAUCGUCGCGCUGCGCAUGCUCGGAAACUUGGUCAUCGUGCUGGCCUUCGUGGUCACCGUCCGCCAGUACCCGGUGACCGCCCGCUGCACCGGCCUCUGCUGGGGAUUUGCACUCGGCCGGCUCUCCGGAUCGCUUGGAGAGGUGCUGUUCCGGUUGGCGCCCCAGCACCGGCGCGACAUCGCGGUGUGCGUGGUGGCCAUCUGCAUGGCGCUGGCGGCCGUGGCCACCGAGUACCUCCCCGUCGCCGUGUCCAGCUCGGGCCGCGCCGACGGAGCGCCCAGCGGCGCGGCGCCCACCAUCUCGGUGUCCGCGUACCCGUCGCGCCGGGUCAGCGUGGCCACCGCCGACGAGCGCCGCCGCUCCAUGCUGGACUCGCUCGUCCCUCUGCCCAAGGGCCCAAACAAGGAGCGCGCGCACCGCCGACCGCGGCCGUCGGCGGCCGACGACCGGCUGCCCGAGCAGUACUCCGUCAGGGUCUCCGGCAGCAUGUCGCUGCGCUCCACGUCGUUGGAUCGCAGCCGCCAUUGACGUUUUAUUACUACCGCGUGUAUAGUGUACUUAUUCUCAUUGCGUGUUACAAUUACCAUACGUCAGUCGAGAACUGUGCUCGUUUUCAAUGUGUGAAGCGACACCGCUGUCUUGACCUGCAAACGGGGCUCGGAGCCCAUCAAACGAGAGGUUCUUUUCCGAUUUCCUUCCGAGCCUACUCCGUAUGCUGUGCUCCUCCGUCUGCGUCGCUCUGGCGACAUUUUGGUUAGUGCGAAUGUGCGUUUGCGGAAAACUUCUGUGUCGCCCGUAUGACUUCAUACGAAUACAUUGCUGGCUGUGCGUGAGAAAACCGGUUCUUAGCGUCUUUUUCUAUCUAAUCUACGAACACGUGUCUGAUUUUGUGCAGAACUUGUGGACAAUUUCGUGCUGUUCGCGAAAUGUUGCCUGUAAAGCGUGCUCAGCCACUGGACGUCCAAGUGUUGCGGAAAAGCCAGCCUUUCGGUGGCAAGGAGCACGUGUUUGCGGACAGCGAGGGUGCGCUUAGAGCGCAAAGAAAUUUCGAACCACGCUGCCUGACUAUGCAAAUAUGCCAGCUACGCGUGUCCGUGCAGCGUAUCGCAUGCCCUGUUACAGCAUUUCAGGAUCAUAGCGAUGGCCGAUCCGCUGCCGCAAGAGCGAAUCCCGGGAAUUGUGAUACAGAUCGCGCAGGCGAUGGGCGUUCUGCGAUGCAUGCGAACGUCGCGGUAUUUAAAAAGGCGCUAUUCAAAACGAGUGCGGAUGCAUUACACAUGUUCACUUGCAUUUAUAACUUCUUUUUCACGCAAUCUAUGACGCCCUCUCCCUUCUUCCUGUGUAUAAUCUAGUAUAACUCGCAUUAAUUAUAUUGGUGGCUGCGGUAUAUUCUUGCAAAUGCAGCACAUCGACAACAUAGAGUCGGUCAGGUGUUUUACACUGAAGGAAAACAACAGGAGUGGCUUGCAGCACAAGCUGUGGUGCAAAAGUCCUGCUUGUAUGUGGCACAAAACACAGGAAGAAGAAAAUACAAAGUUCUUGCAGUUAUUGCA